AGAGGUCAAGGUGUGUAGGUUCGUUUAAGGGGUGUUGGGCAUAGGAUGGGGGUGGUUGCAGUUUAUAAUGAGUUAAAGGGGUUUAUUGAAAAAAAUUCUUUUUUUUUUUUUUUUGAAUUAGAUCUGAAGAAGAGUUAAUCUGCUAAGAGGGAGUAGCAGGUACAAAAGGGCUUCUGUUGUGCCCAGGAAUUUCUGAAGGCUGAUGCCACUGCUGUAGUGGAGAGACCAGGCUGCCCACAGUGGGAUCUGCUGUGGGAGACGCAGUAUCAGCUCAGAAAAUCCAUUCCUCACUGCCGAAGAAUUAACAGGAUGCUCUCUAAAGAAUCUCUCCAAACUCCUGCAUUUAGCCGUUCCAACUCACAAGCCUCCGUAGACAGCGCCUCCAUGGAGGAUUUCUGGCGCGAAAUAGAAAGUAUUAAAGACAACAGUAUAGCAGGGCAGGAAGAGCAGAGGCCAACUGAGGUCAAGCCUCUAGAUGAAGGAGAACUGGAAGCAGAGUGGUUGCAAGAUGUGGGUUUAUCCACCCUGAUUUCCGGUGAUGAAGAGGAGGAUGGCAAAGCCUUGCUCUCUACGCUGUCUAGGACCCAGGCUGCUGCGGUGAAGAAGAGAUAUAAUACUUACACUCAAACCAUGAGGAAGAAGAACAAGCAGUCUGUUAGGGAUGUCAGGGAUAUUUUCGGAGUCAGCGAAUCUCCUCCAGGUGAUACGUGUGACAACCACACUGCUCAGGAGGAUGGCGCCCAGGAGGACAAGGAGCUGCCGAGAGUUAUCAAAACGGAUGAGCCCUUGUCCAUACUUGAGACCAUUCCGGACAUGCCAGUUCAUACCAAUGGAUCUCCAGGUCCUGGACAGUCAGUGCAGAAUGCAGUGAGGGAUGAUAAUUAUCUGGAAAAGAACAUUUCACCAGAAACUGAAGAGCUAUCAUUUGAAGUUUCUUAUUCAGAAAUGAUUACAGAGGUUCCCAAAAGAAACAAAUUUAAGAAAUCAGACUUUAAAAAAGAAGACUAUGCUUUAACUAAAUUCAUUGUUCAAAAAACAAGAUUUGGCCUCACAGAAGCAGGAGACCUGUCUGCUGAAGACAUGAAGAAAGUCCGUCAUCUCUCUCUGAUUGAGCUAACGGCCUUUUUUGACGCCUUUGGGAUCCAGCUGAAAAGAAACAAAACAGAGAAAGUGAAAGGGCGAGACAAUGGAAUUUUUGGAGUUCCACUUGCAGUCCUCCUAGAUAAUGACCGAAAGAAAGAUCCUGGAGUGAAAGUUCCUCUCGUCUUACAAAAAUUUUUUGAGAAAGUUGAGGAGUCGGGUCUGGAAUCUGAAGGAAUUUUUCGACUUUCAGGAUGCACAGCCAAAGUAAAGCAAUAUCGUGAAGAACUGGACACCAGAUUUAAUGCUGAUAAAUUUAAAUGGGACAAAAUGUGCCAUCGAGAAGCUGCAGUUAUGUUAAAAGCAUUUUUCAGAGAACUACCCACCUCUCUCUUCCCUGUGGAAUAUAUACCUGCCUUCAUCUCUCUACUGGAAAGAGGACCUCACAUCAAAGUACAGUUUCAAGCCUUACACCUCAUGAUCAUGGCACUGCCUGAUGUGAACAGGGACACGGCCCAGGCGCUCAUGACAUUCUUCAACAAAGUGAUUGCCAACGAGUCCAAAAACCGAAUGAAUGUCUGGAACAUUUCUACCGUAAUGGCACCAAACCUUUUCUUCAGCAGAAGCAAACAUUUUGAUUAUGAAGAAUUACUGCUGGCAAACACCGCGGCCCACAUCAUCCGCCUAAUGCUUAAGUAUCAGAAAAUUUUGUGGAAGGUUCCGUCUUUCUUAAUCACCCAAGUUAGAAGAAUGAAUGAAGCCACCCUGUUGUUGAAGAAACAGCUUCCAAGUGUCAAGAAGUUGCUGAGGAGGAAGACCAUAGAACGAGAGGUUGUAAACCCCAAAACUUCCAAGGUACUACAGAAAUCACCCUCUUCAAGAAGAUUGUCCGAUGUACCAGAAGGAGUCAUAAGGGUCCACGCCCCACUUCUAUCCAAGGUGUCCAUGGCCAUUCAACUCAACAGUCAAACCAAAGCCAAAGAUAUCCUAGCAAAGUUUCAGUAUGAAAACAGUCAUAGUUCUUCAGAAUGCCUUAAGAUUCAGAAUCAAAGGCUAUAUGAAAUUGGAGGAAAUAUUGGACAGCAUUGCUUGGAUCCAGAUGCGUACAUAUUGGAUGUGUAUCAUAUAAAUCCUCAAGCAGAAUGGGUGAUUAAACCCCAACCAAAUUUUUGAAAUACCUUCCAAGAUGAAGCAUUCAUGUACCGUAUGCCAAGAAGAUCCCAUAUUUGGGGGUGGGGUGGGGAGAACAAGACUGCUUUUGACACGUCUGUCCCUGUAAGACUCUUAGUGUUUCUCAACCCAGGCGGUAUUGUCUGACACUGUCAAUGUGAACAAUGAAAGAGGAGCUGGUCACUAUUUGAGUGGGGGUUUUCUGUGACAGUGCCUUACUGUGUGAAGGAGAGGAAAUGUGCUCCUUCCAGGUGGAAGGCCAGUUUCAAACAUGAACUCUAAUCAUUUCUAACACUUUUGACUUUUUCAGCAGAAGUGAACUUGGUCUAUACCUGGGACAUAAGAAAUACUUCUUUUUGUGACAAGUGCUUCUAAGCAAAAGACCGAAGAGACUCUUUUUCCUUUUUUAAAACUUAUGUUAUGUACAUGUAUUGACUGUUCUGAGCAAGACUAUCAGAAGAACCACUAAUUUCUUCUCUACAAAAUAUUCAAAUAUCCUUCCCAAAGGGAAUCCGUUUCUGAAGUUACACAUACAAUAUUUAUGCUCUGACUUACUCCUGAAUUGGAGGAGAAACUUUUGUUUAAAAAAACACUAUGUUGCUAAUUAUAUUUGUACUGUAUUUUGACUGAUAGCAUUUUAGUGCAAAUGAACAUUUCUCUCCCAUGGACAAUUGAAGGUUAGAAUCUGUAGAGCUCAUUGUCUUAUGAUCACAGGUCCCCAUGGCGAAGCUUAGUUUGACAAAGCUCUUAGGCUCUCCUCAUGUUCAUUGUGGUCAAUCGCUAUAGGACCUCUAUGUUCUUAUUGUAACUAUGGUGCUUAACCAAUAGUUUGCCAUGUAUGCCAGGAACAGACUUCCUUUCCUGCUCAAGCAGGUCAUCUUUUGCAUUUCACAGCUGCAGACUGUCACUUGUCACGCCGCCCUCACCUCUAAAAUACAGAGCUGUCUUUCUUCCAACAGCUUUUUAUCCAAGAUACUGAGAUUUUGUAUGCUGUAAAACCAGAUUUCGCUUCUGUUCCUCAGUUGUGGGCAUGGCUGGCCUCUGCAUAUUAGCUUCAGGUAAAAUCCAUAAAAUGAGAUGCAGAUUUGGUUAGCUCAAAGCUGUCUUGCCAGUAGUACGCAAAGCCAUUUUUUUGCAGAGCGGUUGGCUAGGAUGCACCGCCCUCCACAGUUCUGAUAGAAGGCAAAUCUAAAAUGAGCUGAGGAGUCAGCCAGUGCUGUGUUUUGAGACUGUAGAUAAAACCACCCAGAGUUCGCUAGAUAUGGGGACAGAGGUCUCCUUUACUGUCCGCAUGGGCUUUGAGUUAGGACUUAGAUGAGAUUUUAAUUAACUUGGUCAGUUUUCAUUCGUUUCAGUGCCCAAAUGACUCUCUUACAGUUCCAAUAAUAAUAGUUGCUCACAAAUUCAUAAAAUAUUUUAUCUACUUUGCAAACUUCAAAAUAAGUGAUCACCUAGAAGUCUCGUUUAUGUUGCAGUAUGCCUUGAUGUCUAUCUAAAUAUCACUUAUAUCUGACAUGGACAUAGUUGCAAUUCUGGCCACUAGGAUUUCAUUGCUUUUUAUAGAAAGCUCAAAUACUUAGUUUGUUUGAGAAAUUGCAAUUCUAUUAUAAUCAGUUAUCAGGUAGGCUUGAGUCCUGUGGCUUUUAACUUAUUUCUAAAUUCCAUCUGUUUUCAACGUAUGGCUGACAAUGAACAGGUGAGAUUAUACAAUGGAUUUCAAGUCUGAAAAAAAUCCCUUUUUUUUUCUUCUUUAAAUUCCCUCUCUCUUUUUGCAAUUUAAGCAAUUGGAACAAACAUUUACUUUAUAUCUUCAGUAGUUGCUUAGUUCUAGGGCAUCAGAUGCAGUAAUGGCUUGCAUACAUGCAUGAAAAAAACCUUUUCUUUAAAUUAGCUACCACACUCUUCUAUGUAAAUAUGAGAACAAUGAUUAUAAUAUUCUCUACAUUUCUUACCCAUAGAGUACUCACAUGCUAUUACAUUUAUAUAGAAAAAUAAAAGAACUGUUCAUUUAAAAUUUUUAUUAGGGAGGUUUUUGUUUUUUGUUUUUUUUUUUAAUUGAAGACACAUCACAACCUAUAUUCUAGGUUUCCGAGACCACAGAGACCUGACAAUUUAUUCCAUUUGUCAUUUGUUUUAGAUAAAUGGCUAGUGGAUAACAGGUAAAAACAGUUUCUGAAUGUCUUCCCUACUUUUGUGUGGUUUCAGAUAUCGAAAGCUUAACUGACUCAAAUAUUAAAUUCAUCACUGCAAAGUAUUUGAGGAUGUUGGACAACUUUCAGACAGUUUUGUGAUGUGGAAGCCCAUGUCAAUACCAGUGUCAGUGCAUGUGACUGAUUUCUCAUCCUAGGGCUCUCUAACUGAUUGGGGAAGAGUGCUCAGUAGACACACAAACUGGUUUUUGUGUAGUUAAAGAUGUUCUUUUAAUACAUUUAUUCUUACAAGAAUGAGAGCCCUGCAAUUAAAAUUUAAAGUGCCUUUCAGUCACCUAUGUGUUAAAGAAAAAUCUUGGUCUUACUUAACAAAACUUGUUUUUAACAUAGUGAACAGUAAUCUGUAAAAAAUAAAUAAAUAAAUAAAUAAAAAGAGUGGCAUAUGUGCAAACAAGAAUUAGAUACUAGGUUUAUAUAUUCUAGCUUAACAGAUUCCACACCACCUGGUCCCAAAGAGCUCUUAGUGUGCAGUUAGGGAAGUAAUGCCCAGGAAAGUGUUUGAGAAAGUUACUAUCUAUGGGAUACAUACAUAUGAAAAAGAAAAAGAGGGAGUUGAUAGUUAGCUCAUUGCCUCUAUUCUGAGGAGUACAGCCCUUUGCUAUGCAGUUCACUUGGAGGUAUGAUUCUUAGAGUCAGUAGUCUUUGAACAAACUGGAAUAUUCAUUUCUCUGCAACGUGCGUACAGUAUAAACUACCUCACUUGCCUUUCUAGGGGACAAAAUCAAAGUAAUGGACUUUUACAACUUUUGUUACAAACCAUUCCUCUCGUUACGUGUUACCUUAGUUAACUUGCAGUGUGCAUUGAAUUACGUGAUGCAUUUAAUGAUGUAAGAUAUUUUCAGCAAACGCCCUAAUACCAAAAAUAGUCUGUGACUGUGACCUGUGGUAUAGAUACUCAGAAGGUAUGCUCCCCUGUGUCAUUGUUUUGUGUUUUUACCUGUAUUGAGAUACAGGCUUUCAAGUAUCCAAAUUCAUAUUCAUCUCUUUCAGCCGUCUUCCCAUUGCUUCAUCUGCCCUGCCCUUGACUGAAAAGUCCUAUGAGUGAUACAGCCCUUCUUCCUAUCAAGCGUAUUUCAGCUGUUUUUCAUAAAUGUGUUACACGCUUGGAAAUACUGUAUAUUAUGGAAGUGAAUUGUUCGCUAUUUUCGGACAUCAAUUUCCAACUAUGUCCAUAAGUGUGUCACUUAAUAAAAAAUAAUAUGGUGUAGGUUGUUACUUGCAACCAUUUUCAGCAGUUUUACACAUAUACACACACCUCAAUUUAAAAAUAACAUCUUGCAGAUAUUUUCCAUCUAUUUUCUAAAAUGAUGUGACUUGACGGAGAAAUCAUGCAGUAUCACUAGAAACGCCAGUGUUUUUAUGUGUCUCCUAUUUUGAAAGUUAAUAUUAUUUUGUCCCAUCCGUUUUCUUUUGUUAAGUGUAAUAUGUAUGUUGUAUUUUAUUCCCCCAAAUAAAGGCAAAACUAAA